AUGUGGAUAUUUCUGGUGAUGAUGACAAUUGUUAAUCUCGAAGGUACUAAGCAUGUAAGAAAAGAACCUCGACAAAUUUCAGUCACAUCAUCAGGUGAAGGAAGUGAAGGUGAACUCGAUCCAAAAUUGUGUAUGCUUCGUCGACGUAAACGUGCUAUGACAUCCAUUGAUGCAACAGGAGGAAGUGAUCGGAGAAAAAAUCCUCAAUCAACAUCAAAUUUGCUUGUUGGUGAAGGAACUGUCUGUAACACAACUGAGCCAGUAGUUUGCCAAAAUACGAAUUCUUUUCCCAAAUCCGACACUACAGAUUAUGCAUUAGUUGAUGUGUACUUUCUGACGUGUAGAUCAACCACAGAGGCGGAGGUUGGAAUUGUGAUGCGGAGCUUUUGUGAAAUGGAAUUCCAUACAUGGGAGAAAGUAGCAAAAGAAAAUAAAGAAGAAAUGAUUAACAGAUUGCAUGAAAAAUUUGAAUUGCUGCACGAAGAUAAAGUUCUAAUGGAGUAUGUAGAUGAACAAAUGCGGAGGCAAUGGAAACGCACACGAAAUAUUUUCAAAGAUUAUUGGAAGAAAAAUGGAGGAAUGACAGAUCCACAAUUUGCAAGAUGUAAAAUGAAGUCAGAUUGUCGUAGCGAAGAAGAUUGGGGUUAUUUGUGCGAUUAUUCGGAAUCAAAUAAAGCAAAGGAAAAUAUUCUCCAACUCAAAGAGGAAGAAUGUGCCAAAUUAGUUUCGGUGGGAACAAGCAUUACUCAAGAAAUGGAAUACGACAUAGAGAAAAAAGUCAUUAAAACUAUUUGUGCCAAACAUAAAACAUUACAAUCUGGAUGGGAGGCUUCAAGUGGACCUGUUAUGAGGAAAAAAGAUAUACAUCUCUUAUCAACCGCAUAA